AUCCUGUGCACAGAUCAAAGAGACGCUGAACUUAAAAACAUAAAAGUGAGGUUAAAUUUGAGCUGAAACUUGCCAAAAAACCGCCCAACUUUGCUGUUUUCCUACGAUUCCCACUGGCCAAGUAAAUAUCGAAUCGUUUUCGUUGCUUGAAUUAGAAUGGCAGACUUUUCGGAGCUGCUACAAGCAGCUGAAAGGCUCACAACCGACUUGGAGGGCACUUCUGAUCUGCCCAAAGUCAACAGAUCUCUGAAGCAAGUUUUGGAGGCCUCCAAUGAUCUCUAUUCACGUGUAGCUCAGACUGCAGGCUCGAAGGAUAUUCAAGCGAACCUCUUAUUGGGGUCCAAAGGCAUAGACUUGCCCAAAAUCGUGCAAAAACUCGAGUCAAUCAGCACCAAACGCACUUUCGAGCCAAUAGAACCAGUGGACGAUUUAGACAUUGCCAACAUCCUGCAGAAUGAGAUUCGCAACAAGAUUCUCGAAGCUUUUGAUUCUGGUUACAACGAGAUGCUGAAAUCCACAUUUGAGAACGCCUGGGAGCAUCAGCAGGCCGAAUGGAAGCAGGAAAAAAUGAAGAUUCUCAAUGCCCUGGGCGGCAGAUCGGGCCUACCGAUCGAAAUCGGCAAAGAUCAGUCGAUUCUCAUCGAAAAACCGGCCCCACCUUUAUCACACUUGGGUCCCAAUGAGAUGAUCUACGCUUCGAAGAUUAUCCAGUAUAAUAACGAUUCGGUCAGAGGAUUGUUUUCUAGGCCCAGUUUAGUCAACGUAUUUUGCGAUAUUGCAAGCGAAUUCAAGGAUGGAAAGGUGAAAGAUAUGUGGGAAAUCAUCAAGUACAUGGUCCAGUGCUCAUCAAUCCCGCAAUCGGAAGAUCCGAUAAAGACCCGAAACACCAAGCCGGUGAUUCUGAGCUUAGUGCGUCAAGGCCAGAAAUACCUAGAGGACAGGUACAAGACGUUCAUGAAUAGCAUAAUUACGGAAAAUCUCACGCACGCCGGAAGAGGCGGAAUCCCAGGCACGUACCCAUUGGUAAAGAGCUUCGUGGGGCUCAGAUUGCAGGGGGAAUAUUUGGGCUUAAAGGACGGGAUGAUUGAUGAUCGGCCUCUUUGGCCUAUGGUGUAUUACUGCUUGAGAUCGGGCGAUCUCCCAGCUGCAAUCCACUGCCUGAAGAAAAGCGGCCUAACCGAGUACAACGAGAUAAUUUCCUUACUGGAGGCAAAGCUGGGCAACCCAAAUAACCCCAAUAUUCCCAAGCUGGAGGACAGUAUUAGGUUUUCCUAUAGAAGAUUCGUUCGGAACGAAACCGAUCCUUUCAAGAGGAUCACAUGGUCGGUUUUGGGCUGUUGCGAUAUUUCUGAUGAACAUUCAGAAGUCGCCCGAACUGCCGACGAUUAUCUUUGGCUGAAACUCAGCCUGGUGCGAGCAGAUAGUUCUAAGGAAGACUCCAUCAAGUACAGUGAUCUUCAGCAAGUUAUCUUGGAGGAGUAUGGAGAGUCGCAUUACGAUGCCUUCAAUCAGCCCCAUUUGUACUUUCAAGUGCUGGCGCUCACUGGCCAGUUUGAGGCAGCAAUUGAGUUCCUAGCCAGAAUCGAGAGGUUCAAGGUGCAUGCUGUUCAUAUGGCGAUUGCUCUGAACGAGCUGUAUUUACUGGCUGGGCCUCAUGACACUAGUGCACCUCUUCUUUUCAUCGACCCCGCGGACCCAAAGCCGGCCAGACGAUUAAAUCUGGCGCGCUUGAUAAUGAUUUAUGUGCGAUCUUUCGAGUUUCACUGCCCCAAUGAAGCACUCCACUAUCUGUAUCACCUGAAGAACUAUACAGAUUCCGAAGGUCAAAGUCUUUUUAAGGUUUGCGCUGUGGAUUUGGCGCUGGAAACGAAGGAAUACGCACAACUACUAGGAACAGUUGAUGGGAACGGGAUCAGGAACAAAGGCUUGAUUGAUCAGUUUAUUGAUACGCAUGUCACUGCAGUGAGUGUGGCCGAAACCAUUGCGGCUAAUCUAGUGAACAAGGGCCUGUACGAAGACGCAAUUGCGCUGUUUGAUAUAGCCAAUAACCAAGAGGGAAUUUUGACGUAUUUAUGCACCAUGUUGUCCCAAGUGGUUCAGCUGGAGGGCGACCCCAACUCUUUGAGAACCAGAUUGAAGAACCAGGCCUUUUACUAUGCUGAGCGCAUUUCCAGAGAAGGCUUCAAGUCGGAGCGCUCGGAUUUGAAGUUUUCCUUUUUCACCCUCAACAGACUGAUUACGUUCUUCGAUCUGUACUAUGAAAAAGAGUUCCCACAGGCCUUAAAGGUUUUAAAUGACAUAAAACUGGUGCCGUUCAGAGAGGAAGAGCUCAAAGACCGCGUGUUCGAUGUUACCCACAAUUUAACUUCGAAUGUUGCCAAAGUUAUUCCGGAUGUGCUCCUGACGACGAUGAACAUGCUGUUUGCUCAGUAUCAAAAAAUUAAGUCUAAUGUUGAGUUCAUUCCGCGGUUCCAAGAAGGGCCUUUGGAAGCACAAAUGUCUUAUUUGAGGCAACAGGCCAAGACUAUCACGAAUUUCGCUGGGAUGCUUCCAUAUAGAAUGCCAGGCGACACAAACAGCAGACUGGUGCAGAUGGAAAUUCUGAUGCAUUAAUUAGAUGUUUUUUAUUACUGAAUAAACGCCGUUUCUUGA